AAAUAAAUAAAUUUAGUAUUAAAUUAUUUUAAUUAUGGGUUCUACAUUAUCCAAAAAAUAAGAUAAAGCUAUUAUUAUUGGCGGUUUGGGAGUAGCAGCAUUGAUAGGAGCGACAUUAUUUUUGUAUUUUUUUUACAUUCAUUUAGAAAAUCUAAACCAACUGAAGUAAAAGUCAAUACCAAUACUAAUUCACAACAGUAAGAUGUUCAAUAAAUAACCCUAAACUGCAGUAAUUCCAAAGGAAUUCAGAUUUAAGGUUAUGAUCAACUAUUCUAACAAGUCGUUAAAUCGAUAUCCGUCGAAAAAUAAGGUUAAUUGAUUUCAAUAGCAACAAUUACACAAAUACUAGACAAAUCAUUGGACUUAGCAAAGGAUGAAUAUGCUAUAAUCACUACGGAAAAUAGAAAAAGUAUUAACUAUCAAUUCAACAUAUUUUAGUAAGAAGAGCUCUUAGGAAGGCUAAUAGAAAUGGAUAUCAAAAAAUGGUCUUGGAUUAUAAUGAAUAGGUUGAAAACUUAUUGGAGAAGAAGCAAAUGGAGAUCUGUGACUUUUUACAAAUCAAAGAAGAAGUAUUUUAAGAAAGUGUGAUGUCAUUGAUGGAAAGAGGAUUCUAUUAAUAAUUUUUCAUGAUUUAAGCCUCAAUAAGAUAAAAGAUUAAAGAUUCAUUACCAUCAACCAGAGAAAUUACUUACGCAGAAUUAAAGUAAAUUAUAGAUUUCCAAAUUCAAGUAAUAAGAUAGUAACCCAAAGAAUUAAAGGACAUGAUCGCUAACUUAUCUGUAAUACCUUAUAUUCUAUAUGAUUUAGGGCAAUCAAGAAACAUAAUAAUUAAUCCCACUAGCAAUUAAUACUAUUUUAGGUGAUUUAGUCUAUGAGAAAUUUUAAAUUGAAGAAGAAGAUAUGAUGAAGAUGUUUUAGAAUUAAUGUAAGAAUUAUAUCUAUAAUCUAAGCCUUAUUUAACGAUCCCAGCCUACAAUAAGCUAUGAGUCAAUUAGAAGAAGCGAUGUAUUAAUUGAUGUCCGCUUUAGAGGGAAAUCAUAUGUGAAAGCAUUAAAAAAAUAAUCAUAUAUAACAAUAAUAUAAUAUUAAUGAAA